GGCGGAGUGGAUUGAUUAGUUUUGAAGUAUUUGCGCUUUACGAUUGUCAAAGAAUAUUGUGUCUUGACGCAACUGCGGCAAGGUUGUAGGAUUUACGGACUCAAUGAACUGCGCUUGCACCACCGCCUCGGCUACCGUCGUCAGUGUCAGCGUGUCGUCGACGAGGGAUGACCGGCCUGGUGGACCACCCCUUCCUUCGUCAUGCUGUGCAGAGGUAACAGUACAGUUAUAACACGGAUUACGCGUCUGCAGAGGCCGGGGCAGCUAGUGAGGCGGCGCUGUUCUACUGCAGCUGUUUCGGGAUUGAGCCUGACUGCCAUCCUGCUUAGGACAUUCACGUGACACGUAAACUAAACCCAGUUUGGAAUUACGGUACGGCGAAGUCCAAGCCACCUGUAAAAACCACGAUGUCUGGAACGCAUAGUGGUAACUAAGCAAGAAAAGUAAUGGACCAAGUUUUGUGGCUCUGCGUGUACAUGAUGACACUUUGCAAUUUAGGAGUUCCUAACCCCCACAUCCUCUCUGUAAAAUUAUGGACCUAUAGACAUCACACAGCUAUGAGAACUUAGAGUAAUUAGGCAGUUCCUAGAAGGAAAUCCAGAGGCAGUAGCUUGGACAGAAGAUGAUUUUCUGUCUGCCUCUUCUGUUUGCAGAUGGCAGAUUCACGUCUUUGGACAGGAUAACGGUGAGACAACUGGAAAAAUUCAUACCUUUCAUGGUUUCAUGUUCAGUUGGGAGAGAGAAACCACUGGGAUCUAUAGAACCCUUGUGGUGGCCAUCGGAUCUGCCAUUUUCCAUACCAUUAAAGAAGCCUCACAGUGUUAGUAAUAAAUGGUUAGCAUUACUGAAGAGUCUAGUUUGUCGUUGUUACACAUACCAUGGCUGUGAAUUUAUGCUUAGAUUUUGUACUGAUUUGACAAAUACUCCAAGUUCAGUACUGACAUAUGUGGAUACAUGGAAUGACACUGUGUCAGUUUACAGCAAAAAAACAGGAAAGCUUGUUGUAACUUUCAGAAGUGAGAAUAUGACAUAUGACAAGACCCCACAGACACCAAGAUGUCAAAUCUUCGGGAAUAAUAAAACUGGCACUGAGACUUCAUGUGACAACACACAUUUCUUGGACAUAUACGUGUGUGAAAUGUGUGAUUUCACAUUUCCAAAUCUUGAAGCAGCACAGGAACACGAAGAAAUCUGCAGACUUGACUCUACAAGUGUAACAGUGCACAAUACUGAUGAGCCUCUUGCAUCAGAGCAGGACAGAUUUCUAGAUUACCUUGGCCUGAAGAACAAUACAGAAGUCGAUUCUACUGUACAACAUAAGAGAACAUCUAAAGAUGUGAGAUGGAAGGUUGCUGGCGUGAAUUUUACUCGUUGCUGCUCCAUUCCUGUGUCUUCUCCUCUUGGACUAGCUUUACACAGGAGAACAAAACCAUCAACUGUUUCCUCAGAAGUUCAUCUAGGAAAAGUGGAAAGACAUUGUGUCGACUACACGGACUUUCUUCCACGAACGCGUGAAGCCAAGCAUUCAGAUGGUCCAUGGCCUACCACUUGGAAACGAAAUAAAACAUCUACAAAUACAUGGGCACAUAUUUACAAAUUCCCUAGGAAACAUCUGAGGUGUCGUCCUCCUGUACCAGACACAGGUUUGACUGCUGAGAGCCUGAAAUUGUUGCAGCUUUGCAAGCCACUGUCUGUGGUUUUACAUAAGCUCGGACAUGAGGAUAUUCAUGUUUGGUCCAAGAAAAAUGAUUUGGAAAAUUUGAACCAUGAUAUGGAAAUGCAAAUAGACACUUCCAGUGAAAGUCUCAUUGAUGACAACUAUCUAACUUCACUUGGAGAAAAAGCCAUCACUGAAAGUUAUUUGAUGUCUUUAAAUUCUCAUUAUGAUCCAGACGGGAAAAAUGCUCAUAAUAAUGCUGGGAAGCAAUUACUUUGUCAACCAAAAAGUGCAGAGGUGGAAAUACAUUCAGAGUGUACAGAAAAUAUUAUACAAGCUAGUGGAGCAUACUCAUGUGAGACUGAACAGUCUGAAGGAUUUUCAGUGUUAAGCAAUUCAGUUUCUGUGCCAGAGACACAAUUUCCACAAAAUUCAGAGGGUCAUCUGCGAAUUUCAACUAGUCCAAGUGAGGGAUCUGUAUGCAGCUCUCCAGAACCUUUCUUCCCACAGUCAGUAGGCACAAUGCUCAGCUCUGAAACUGAUGUUAGUGUAGUUGAUGCUACUGACUUCUCUCUGUCUCAGGAAAUAGUGUCGAGUAAUGAACUGACACAAUGUGAUUUAUCUCCAUUGUAUAUUCCAGAGGAACAUACAAUGAAAUUUAAUCCACUUCAUCUUCGUGCUUCAAGAUAUGAUACUAAUGUUCACUCUUCGCAGCUUGAUUGUGAAUACACCCAGUCUCCACUAAUUUCAUAUAUCCUUCCACAAAAACUGAUUCCCAAGGUGCUGCCAUCAAAACUUGACCACCAGGUAUAUCUUUCAAAACUGAAAUGCCGAUCAUCUGCUAGGAAGAAAAUCCCACAGUCAGCUGCGCUGGCUAUUUCUGAUACCUGCACACCACAAUCCCAAGUGCAUUCAUCAAUCUUACGUCCUCUGCUGCCUCUUUCUGCUGAUCCACCAGUCAUCUGUACAGCAGUUACUCAGAAGUCUUUCAUGGAAUCUGAAUCAAUUGGCUGUAAUUAUCCUGCUAUUCCUGGUGAUGUCUAUUCAUCUUUGUCUGAAAAAGUGUUGCCUAAACAUCAAAGAAGUGGAGUUUUGUAUUCAAAUCACAUCAGUAAACCGUCUGGAGAACAGCUAACAAUUCAGAAACAAGUGCAAGAAAAAAAUAUUUUGUUGACAACUAGAAGUCUGAAUGAAACUCAUGGAAUUUGUAGCAGGAAGGACACAUCAGUGUCAUGUACAAGUGAAGAAUUAGAUGUGCAAUCUAAUAUAAAGCAGGGUCCCUCAUGUGCAGGUGAGCAGCAUACACCUCUGAGGAUUAGAAACGUUUCACUAAAUACUGAAUUUGAAGACCUGCCCUGUACUAGCACUGUCACUGAAAGAGAUGCAGUAACUGCAGCUCCAGAUCAAGCAUUCAGUGUUGAAGGAGGUUUCAGAAGUAAAUUAAUGUCUAGUAAUGACACUUACCUAUUAUCUUUACGUGAUCCAGUUUAUAGUUCAGUAACAUAUGCAAACACAUCAAGGACAAAUUCUGGAUAUAUUGUUCAAGAAAAUAAGACUUAUCGUAACUGUGUGGAAACCUCAGAUGCUCAGUGUCAACAGAGACUUCUUUUCAAAUCAACACCAAGUUCAACAUCAGUGUGUGCAAGAAAAAGUGUGGAGACUUCUUUAAAAACCAUUGAGAACAAGUUUCCAAGAAGGCAUAAAACAGCUGCCAUUAAAAUUAACAAGAAUGUGGAAAAGCUAUCAAGAGAAGUACAAAAACUGAUGAAAGAUGAAUGUGUAAGCAUCCGUGAUAAACAGUUCUUUAAGAUAGUAAAUUGUGAUUAUAAAGUUCUUCGUAAACGUGAACUUCGUGCUAGAUGUUCAAAUAGGAUAAAUAGGGUAAAAAAUGAUAUUGUAAAACCAUUUAAAACAAAGUCUUUUAAAGCUUAUAAAUAUUUCUCCACCUGUAAAGUUAGCAGUGGUGUCAGAAAUAGUUUUCAUUUUGAUGUAGUUGGUAGUUUACAAGAAAUGAAUUCUAGAGAGUGCACUGAAGUUCCUGUAACUUCAAGGGGAAGGUGUCCUACUUUCUAUAAUCAAACACAUGGUGAGAGAGGUGAACAGGUAUUUAAUGAAAACAGCACCAGUAUUAAUUUAAAUCACAAAAUUCAGAAUUCAUUAAGUAUGCAUUAUGAACUUCAAAGUGUCCACAGAAAGAGUGUAGAAUUAAAACUUAAUUCUGCCAAUUCACUUCAACAAACACACAUUGAGCAUUGUGGCAAAGUAGAAGCAUUUCACCAGUACAGUCUUACAUCAGUAAUUAAUGAAGCUGCUCAUAGUAGUGUGGAUUAUUUAGAUAAUUCUCAUGAAGUUGGUAACGGUAGGCCUCCCCAUGAAGCUGAGAAAGUUUCGCCAUUUGUUAGUGGCAGUGCCACUUGUUCAGGUGAUGUGCCAAAAAUGCAUGAAGUUGUUGAUGUCAUUGGAAGGGCAAAACAUGGAAGUUAUUACACUAAAUGCCAAAUGAAAUUGCGUAGUCAGUGUCAGAGCAAAGAAUCAGUGUCAUUUACCUGCACUUCUGCUAGAUCUCAUAGGGUAACGCGGAAAACAGUUGCUGGGAACCCCAAAAGUUUAGUUUGUAUAGAAAAACAAAAAAUUCAAAGGAAUAAAAUUAUGAAACAUUUAAAUCGACAAAUGAGCCUCAAGACACAGUUUACUGAUGUGUAUCACAUUAUGCUUCAGGGUUCUUCACAAACACAACCAUCAGAAAAUGAAGAACAUCUUGGAUACAAGCAUUUCAGCUCCAGUUCCAAGAUAAGAAUUUUCAGAAAGAGACAGGUUUUCAACCCACAGCAGAAGAAGGGUGUCUCCAGGGAAUUACAACAAUUGCUGCAGGAUGAGUGUAAAGAGUUAGUAAAUUUAGGGUUGGAACGAAGUACCGUACCUGUCAAGACAUCUUCGAAAGCAUUGACUUUUGAAAAUAUUUUAAUAGCUCAGCUGAGAGAAAUUGAGGAAAAUCACAGAGAAUGGUUUAAGGAUCGAGAUGUUAUGUGUGUGAUUAAUUUCCCUUACGAAUUCCGAUCAGUCUGAUUUUGAACAAUUGCAGGGGUUUUGCAAGUGUUUCUCACUUAUUUUCUGUAAAUGUGACAGUUACACAGUUUGCAAGUGAAUGUAACUAGUACCAUAUACAAAGAACUGCUAUUGCAGUUUUUUUACCACAUUUGAAAUGGACAAUAGAUUAAUUUUCUGCAAUAGCAGUAGAAAAGGAAACUGGAUAAUGCUUUACUUUUGUAUAGUUCGCCUGCAGGAUCAGGUAGAUAAUGUGGUCAGAUGCAGUGCAAGGUGUCCACAUGAAUCUUGGAAGUCUGAAUGAUUUUUGCUUGUAUGUCAGAAAUAUUGAAGUGAUGUGGAAACGGAACUUUUUAUUACCACUGUACUUGUGAAUUGCAAAGUAUCAUUGUGAAAAUGAAGAAAUAUAUAUUUAAAAUCUCUGUAACUGAUCAUCGCUUUAAUUAAUUAAAUGUACAUAAAUAUUUUAGAAUCUUGAUGUGCAACAUGCAUAGAAAAUAGUACAUAAAUAUUUUAUAAUACUUAUUCUUCAAAUUUUUAGUGUUGUAGUAAGUGUGUUAUUUUAAUGACAUACUAUUGGAAACAGUGAUGUGUAAGAUGUUAUCACAAAAAUUUUGUAAAAGUCAAAUGUACAUGUGUUAAUCAAGUUUGAAAGUCAUCUGUAAGGAGAAAGUAACUUCCUUUACAUUAUUUGAGGUUUUAAAAAUUACAUAUAUGCUGCAAUGGUCAAACUGAAAGUAGAAUUCUUGAGUAAUACCUCAGUCGUAUUCCAUUAAAAUUACAUUAGGAAAGUGUCCUGUAUGAAAAACAUAUGAUGAACAGCAAAUUGUGAAUAUGAUUGAACGCCCCCCUCCCUCGCUUUUUAAUAAUUAGUGUGAUGUCUGAAAAGAGAUUCAGUCAGUCAUUAGUCAUCUAGUGCCACAAAUAUGCUCAUUCUGUCUUUCAUAUGCACUAUGUCAGCUGUGCAAAUAAAUCCAUACCAGAAAUUUGUAGCAUAGUAGAAAUAGAGCUGUGGUUGAGGUAAUGUUCACAUUGGGGAACCCUAAGCAUUUGGAUUUAUAAUUUUUCAUGAUAUCUCUGAAACACUUAAACUAGUUAUUGUGAAAAGGUACAACCAAAAUCUUUCCAAAUCCAAGGCCAGUUAGAGAUUGUUGUCCAUAUCACAUAAACUUGUAGUUGACAGGAUUUUAAACUACAGCUGCCUUCCUUGUGUACUAAAAAUAUUAUAAUCAGUACAUUUAGACAUUUCUGUUUAUAGUGUUUAUAUGCUGAGAUUCAUGUAAAUGUGGAAAGUAAAUGGUCCUGAGCUAGGAGAAAUAAAUUUUCUUUACACAAUCCUCAUAGCAGAAUACUGAUAUGUCAUCAGCUACAUAUCUAUGGUUAAUAAAUAGUUCAUUAAGCUAAAUGGGGGGCAGGAUGCAGAUCCAGUGUCCAGAACAUCUUUGUGUUCACUCCCCCCCCAUCCGGUCUCUUAAGAAUUAGAACUCUAUACCCCUAUAUCCAUUUAUGUUCUUUCUUCAAGCCACCUUUACAUCCAAAUGUCUAUCACCAAUGGGCCAAAGUCUUCUAGUAUAUUAUGUAGUUCCUGCCACAUUCAAAUGGUGCUUUGGAAUAUGUUUUAGUACACAAGGAGCCUACCUUUUUAUCCUAGUAAGUAUGCUAACUGAGAUGAGUUAGUGUCUUACAUUAUGCUGGAUCUGUAUGGAAUAAGCAGUACACCAAGAGAAAAAGGGGUGAUGAGCUCCUCUUAAUUAAGUCCACUCACGUUCCAACUUGGCAGUUGCGAUAAACAUGAAACUUGCAGGUAGUCAACUUUUUCUUUUUGACCAAAAACUAAAAACAUAUUCAUGCUAUUUUCAGAGUGGUACCCUCUCUCUAAUGAAGAGCCUUUUUAUAAAUAAAAAAAUUCAUUUGUAGUUGUAUCUAUAUGUAAAACGAAAUCUUUAUAUUUUUUUUAAGUAUAAGCCUUACAUGGUAGUCAUUAAAGCUAUUUAAGCUCCAUGGUUUGUGUGUACUUCACUAAUGUGGCCAUGAAAUAAAAAAAUUCUUACAAUUCCAGAGUAAACAUCUGAAAUUUUCAUGGCUAGUUUCUUUAAUGAACAAAGAUAAAUGUUGUUACAAUUAAAUCUUUGUCAUUGUUAGUUGAAUAAUUUAUCCUUUGGUCUUGUGAAAUUUAUUUAGAUUUCACUGAAUAGCAUGUAGACCUUACUUUCUAUUGCAAAAUCAUAUCACAUGGAUACAUACUGUAACUUUCAACCUGGAACUUUGGUUCCUUUUCCAUGUAGUGCAGAUCAUAUUUAGUGUUCCCUUAAAAUGUUUGACUUUACCACUGCAUUUGCCCUUUAGUCUAUCUCCUUUCACAAUGAACCAGUGGAAUUACUUGGUUUAAUGUUACCCAAAGAUUUACCGGUCACCAUAAGCAGUGCUAUUUACAUAAGUUGACUAUAGGUUAGAAUUUAAUCCAUGACAUUAAUAUUCAGUCUGGUGAUCAGGAAUGGACUCUACAACCUAUUCCUUCCUUUCCAGUUAAACUUUGGCAAGAGAAAUUAACACUACAGCAUGUGCUGCUGUGUUGUGGUUGUUAAGUUAAUACAUAUUGAUAAGAUUAACAACAGCUUGAAACUAAAAUAAUCUGAAAAGCUGCACAAAUGGAGUCAUGGUCAUGUAACACAACAUUCCUCUAUUUUUAUAAUGGUUAUUUUGUAACACAUCAAGAAAAUAUUUUUUAAAAAUUGGUGCUUGAAUAUCAUAACUAAACUCCUCCCGACCAGGCCGUGAAGGCCCAAUGGUACCGACCGGCCACUGUGUCAUCCUCAGCCCAUAGGCGUUACUGGAUGCAGAUAUGGAGGGGCAUGUGGUCACCAUACUGCUCUCACGGCUGUAUGUCAAUUUCCGGGACCGGAACUUCUGUAUUAAAUGAACAUUAAAUUUGAAAGAGAAGCCAGUUGUGCAGAAUACAGUUGACUUCAUUUUUGAGUGAAACCAAUUUAACCAUAAUAGUGGGAGUUCAUAUGGACAGCAUCAUUCUGCAGUUUCAAAAGUGCUUGGAAACUUCAAUAAAAUCAUUGAUGGUUCAGUGCCAGGCAAUAAACAAUUUUUGUAGCAUGUAUAAGUACUUUGUUUUAAGGGAAUGGGCAAAAAUCUUCUGCUUUUUCUGGGCACUGCUUUUUUAAUCCAGCCACUUUAUCCUGCCUUAUGGGUUGACUCAAUUUUAAACUUCUAAUUAUGUUUCUCCAUUCUUUCCAACAUGGCCAUCACAGAACGUAUUGUGAGCAUAAGUAUUUCAUACUCACCAAGAUACCCCAUGAGCCAGAAUAAAUUACUCCCACAAGAAACCUGAAACUACAUAGCACUUGCUCACAACCUCAACUACUUUCAGGUUGUUUAACAUUUAGAAUUUUUUUCUAUUACAAAAUAGAGACGAAACCUUACUAUCUUCUGUCCAGUUUUACUCAGAAUGGAUGUCCUGUGUGUUCUUAGAGCUUACCAGAAUGUGCAGGGUGCAUCAUAAUGAAAGGCAUAAACGCAUACAGUUGAAAGUACACAAUACUAGAAGCAAAAAAGUCCCAGUAACCGUAGGGUCGAAAAUCACACCUUAAGAGCUACAAGCAAUUUUUCAUCUUCGAUACUGUGAAACAAAUCUCUUCUACUGCAAGUUCUUUGCUUUCCAUAUUUUGGGAACUGGUAUUAUGGACCAAAAUAAGAAAAAAGUCCAGUAAACAUGUGCUCUAAAAUGCAUUCCUUAAGAGCUAUGAGCAUGUGUUCAUCUUUGCUACUUUGAAACACAGCUCCUCUAAUGAUCAAGUGCUCGUAACUUUUUAGGUAUGCAUUUUAGAGCACAUGUUUGCUGGGCAUUUGUUUUUUUUCUUAUUUUGGUCAAUACUACCACUUCCCAAAAUAUGGAAAGCAAAGAACUUGCAGUUGAAGAGAUUUGUUUCACAGUAUCUAAGAUGAAAAAUUGCUUGUAGCUCUUAAGGUAUGCAUUUUUUACCCUAUGUUUACUGAGACUUUUUUGCUUUUAGUAUCAUGUACUUUCAACUGUGUGUGUUUAUGCCAUGAAUUAUGAUACACCCUGUAUACCAAAAUGAAAUGAUGGCAGACACACUUGAAAUGUGUUUAUUUUAUUGUGAAACCAUAGUCACACUUUAAUCACAUGAAUGUGUCUAUUUUCCUGAAUUUUAAUUUAGAAAAACAUGAUAAUAAUAAUAAUAAUGUCGUGUGACUAGGGCCUCCCGUCCGGUAGACCGUUCGCCGGGUGCAAGUCUUUCGAUUUGACGCCACUUCGGCGACUUGCGCGUCGAUGGGGGUGAAAUGAUGUGAUACUCAGAAAUGUCUAAACUUCAGUUACUAUGGUCAAACAUGGAGCAAUACUGGAGCAUGUUUUUAUACACAUAAUCCGAGCUCAUCCAUUAUAUUACUGUCUGAGAACUCCCAUACAGCUCCAGAUAUUCAGGAGCCAUUCUUACAAGCAAAAAUUCACUCAGUAAAUUGAUGCAGACUGCUGAAGUGCUCAGACAAUGUAAAGGCUAUGAUUAUAAAGCAAAUAAAUUCUGAAUACUGUGUGUUGCAUAUUGAAUAGCUCUUUCACCAGAGGCAUUUCUGUACUAUCAAAAAAGUAUCCUUAGUGACAAUGCAAACAUUGACAUAUUUUACAAAUUAUGUACAGCAUUUUGUCAAAUUCCACUCUAAAGAGAAACUGUUUCCAAAUCAGUAUCAAUCAUCAGAAUACAAAGUACUUAUACAGUAACCAUUAACAACACUUUCUUGAUAGAAGUGAAACAUUUCUAGUGAAAGAGCUUUUCAUUUUACAGUACACUUGAGUCCAAUAAGAAAUGAAAAUAAAUACUAUUAGUAUCUGCAGAAGAAGAAACAAGAAUGAAAUUUUCACUCUGUAGCAAAGUAUCUGCUGAUGUGAAACUUCCUGCCAGACAGAGAAUCGAACACACUCUCUCUCUCUCUCUCUCUCUCUCUCUCUCUGACACACACUGAAUACAUUUGGUGAUUUCAUUACGAACUACAUUAGUACAUAUGAUGGAAAGCACUGCACUGAAUUUAAUAGAGAUACACAAAAGCAUCCAGUCAGAAAAUAAAACUUAAAAUCAAAUAAGAAACAAAAGUAAAACAGGCUAUAACAAAGCUAAAGAUGUAAGUCAUUCAGCACGCACGGUCGUGGAAAGCAUCCACCCAUCCCCUCUUUUUUUUCUUUGUGCCAUGAAAGUUGAUUUUUGGCUGCCUUUUUCUGAACAGAUGGAUAACAGUAUGUUGCUAAGUUACCAUCUUCUUCUUUAGAGUAUACUGACAACAGCUGUUAGAAGAAAUGGUUGCUGGCUUUCAUGUACAAAAGUGAUGUGCUGUUUUUGGGUUUAAUGUAUAGUUAUAAUAAAAGAUAGAUGUGAAAGUGAAAUUCUGCAAAUAGAUGUUACUUGGUCAACACUGUGGAUAAAUGUUACUUAGUGACAGUAGUACAUGAAGCUGACAUUUAAUGUAUCAUUACACUUGCACAGCUAUGAUGCUGGAAUUUCGUUUCUGUUGUGGAUUCAACCAGAAAAGUAGAGUGGCAUCAUCUGUUACUUCAGUCUCGUAUGACAUUAAUGAGCAUAUUUUUGUAUUACUUAAAUUUCAUAUGUAAAUGAUAGAAUUAGUGUAAUUAAUUCUCCCCACCCCUCCCCCACAACCGAUGAGAAGUUUCAUGUGAUAGCCAUUCACAUUUACUGCGUAACAUGUCAGUGUGCCAUGUUUCCAAUGUAUGUCAUUUGUAGUAUUAUUCAGUGAAUUCCUAAAAAUUAAUUUUAUGUUCCUUCCUACAUAUUUAUUUUAAUUUUAUGAAAAUAUUCUUAUAAAUCUUUAAGUGACAAAAAUGUUGACAUGAUGACUUUCAAAUGGAGUCUAUAUUUUAUGCUAACUUAAAACAAAUAAAUAUUUUCAUAACAAUUUUGAUACUGUUCAUGAACACUUUAACAAAUUAUGUUCAUUUUUUGUUGCUGGAUUUAUAAGUGUUGAAACUAUUCCAGGUGGAUAUUACUCAUGACGGUGCUUGCAAAAGCUCAAGACUGUGAAAUGUCAUGUGCAUUAAAGUGUAUACCACCAUGUUGAUAACUGUAUAUAUUGUUUCACUAAAAUCUGGAUCUGUUUUGUCAUGUGUAUUUCAGUUACUACUGUGAAGUCAUCACAGCUUAAGUUUACAAAUAAAAAUUAGAACUUAAAACAA